AUGGAGGAUGAAGCGUCGUCCCCGAAUGAAAAUCCAGGUGGAUUCAAUGGAGAUACCACUGAGAAUGGCAUGGAGAAAGCAUUGAAUUUAGCCAUACAGGAUACUAGGACACUGGCUGGGGUGAGCCAGGCCCAGGAGACUGCCACUGCUGCCACUGUACAACCCACCAUGGUGCUAGGACAGGGGGGUGCACAGAUAGCAGGAUCAGCGGGUCUACAGUUACCUGUUAAUCUUUCACAGCAGCAACAACCCACUCUCAUUGUACAGAACCAGUUUGGACAAACGAUUCCAAUAGCAGGACUACCCCAAGGUGUGCAGUUAACUCCAACACAAAUACAACAGCUCCAAGAACAGUUACAACAACAGACUCAGCAAUUACAACAAACCUUGCAGCUUGCACAACAAGCCCAACAGCAGCAACAACAAAACCAAGCUGCAUCUACAACUGCUGUCAGUCAGAGUCAGCCUAUCCUGGUCCAGGCACCAGUAGCAGCUUCAGGCACUACCAGCUCCCCCACCCAGGGGACCACCCUACAAGCUAUGUCUCAGCUAGGCCAGCAACUCCUGCUGAUUAACCCCUCACAGUUGGGGGGCCUCGGGGUGGGGCAGCCACAGUUUGUUCAACUUCCAAAUCAGGUUUUUCAACUUGUCUCUCCAAGCAAGGUUCAGACAACUCAACAACCUCAAACAUCGACUCCCAAAACAACACAAGUGCAGAUAGCUCCAAGUCCUGCCCCUUUGACCAUACAACAGCAGAAACCCACCAAUUUAAGCUUUGUACAUCCUAGAGAACCCGCAACAUCUGUAUCAAGUAUGCAGUUUACAGCAUCUAGCCAAGGCACCAUGGCACAGGAUCAGCCACUGUCCCUUACACUGAACAGUGAACCUGAGGAAGUCUAUGACCUGGAGGAGCUGGAAGGAUUUGCUAAAUCAUUCAAACAGAAACGAAUCAGGCUUGGUUUUACUCAAGGAGAUGUUGGCCUCGCCAUGGGAAAACUUUAUGGAAAUGACUUCAGUCAAACCACCAUAUCUCGAUUUGAGGCUCUGAACCUCAGCUUUAAAAACAUGUGUAAGCUGAAACCAUUAUUACAGAAAUGGCUUGAUGAUGCAGAUUCUAUGACUCAAAAUCCUGCGGCUCUCUCAACUUCACCCGGGAGUCUUACCCCCGAUCCAUUCGGUGGCCGAAGACGGAAAAAACGCACAAGUAUUGAUUCUUCUAUCCGGAUUGCUCUUGAGAAAGCAUUUUUACGUAAUCCUAAACCAAUGUCUGAGGAGAUUCAAAUGUUAGGUGAUGGAUUGAAUAUGGAGAAAGAGGUUGUGCGAGUUUGGUUUUGUAAUAGACGUCAAAAAGAAAAACGCAUCAAUCCUCCGACCCCAAUGUCACUACCAACGACAUCUAUCAGCUAUUAUAACCCACUCUCAGAGACAACUAAAUCCCCGACUUCUCAAAGUUUAACGAUACCAUUUGGUAGUUUGACAAGUAUCGUGAACCAAUCACAGGGUGGCCAGGCCUUGACUGUCACAUCGACUCCUAUGAAGUUAACCACCGUACCAGCUGAAUUACAAAGUUCAAUUAACCCUACAUUGACAAUGGCUUCCCAGGGAAUAAAUAACACACAACAACUUAGUCUUAAUCAGACUGCACAGCCAUUAACACUCAUUGCAACCAAUGGGACCUCACAACUUCAGAAUUCAACUUGAAAUACCAAGAACCAAAUUGGAACAUGUUUAAUUCAACCUUGUGAUAUAGGGACAAAGAAAUCUUGACAUGGGAAUUGUCGAUUAAAUGGCUUUUUAAACACUUUCAUUCUAUAAAAGUAUAAACAGCAAACACUCAUCUCUUGUCUGUUUUCAUUAGUAAUAC